CCCGGAGCAGAAUUGAGCUGCAUCGCCUUCCGGAGCCUCCAGCGCCAUGUACGACCCAGAGCGCCGCUGGAGCCUGUCGUUCGCAGGCUGCGGCUUCCUAGGCUUCUACCACAUCGGGGCUACGCUAUGUCUGAGCGAGCGCGCUCCGCACAUCCUCCGCGAAGCGCGCACUUUCUUCGGCUGCUCGGCCGGUGCACUGCACGCGGUCACCUUCGUGUGCAGUCUCCCUCUCGAUCACAUCAUGGAGAUCCUCAUGGACCUCGUGCGGAAAGCCAGGAGCCGCAACAUCGGCACCCUCCACCCGUUCUUCAACAUUAACAAGUGCGUCAGAGACGGCCUUCAGGAGACCCUCCCAGACAACGUCCACCAGAUCAUUUCUGGCAAGGUUUACAUCUCACUCACCAGAGUGUCCGAUGGGGAGAACGUGCUGGUGUCUGAGUUCCAUUCCAAAGACGAAGUGGUGGAUGCCCUGGUGUGCUCCUGCUUCAUUCCUCUCUUCUCUGGCCUAAUCCCUCCUUCCUUCCGAGGUGAGCGGUACGUGGAUGGAGGAGUGAGUGACAACGUCCCUGUGCUGGACGCCAAAACCACCAUCACGGUGUCCCCUUUCUAUGGUGAGCAUGACAUCUGUCCCAAAGUGAAGUCCACCAACUUCCUCCAGGUGAAUAUCACCAACCUCAGUCUUCGUCUCUGCACUGGGAACCUUCAUCUUCUGACCAGAGCACUCUUCCCAUCUGAUGUGAAGGUGAUGGGAGAGCUGUGCUUUCAAGGGUACCUGGACGCCUUCCGGUUCCUGGAAGAGAACGGCAUCUGUAAUGGGCCACAGCGCAGCCUGAGUCUGUCCUUGGAGAAGGAAAUGGCGCCAGAAACCAUGAUACCCUGCUUGGAAAAUGGCCACCUUGUAGCAGGGAACAAGGUGCCAGUAAGCUGUGUAUGCCUUACAGCUGUGCCGUCGGAUGAGAGCAUCUGGGAGAUGCUGUCCCCCAAGCUCAGCACAGCUCUGACUGAAGCGAUUAAAGACAGGGGGGGCUACCUGAACAAAGUCUGCAACCUCCUGCCCAUUAGGAUCCUGUCCUACAUCUUGCUGCCCUGCACUCUGCCCGUGGAGUCGGCCAUCGCUGCAGUCCACAGGCUGGUGAUGUGGCUCCCUGAUAUCCAUGAAGAUAUCCAGUGGCUACAGUGGGCAACAUCCCAGGUGUGUGCCCGAAUGACCAUGUGCCUGCUCCCCUCUACCAGAUCCAGAGCAUCCAAGGAUAACCAUCAAACACUCAAGCAUGGAUAUCACCCAUCUCUCCACAAACCCCAAGGCAGCUCUGCCGGUUUGUAAAUUGCUGGUCUCCGUGCUUCCGAUGAACUUGGGCAUUCUCCCUGUGGAUGGUUCCAGGAGAGGCCAUAGCUGAAGGCACUCUGCCUUCCACCCCAAGUCCAGUUUGACCUUUAUCUAGAGCAACAGUGUCUAGAUGAUAGGUGGGUGGGGGGUGCUGUCUCUCUGUUUCCCUCUGGGAAGGGUUCUGUUAACUUUUGGAGGCAGCUAGGAAAUUUCUCUCCAGGAGCUGAGCCUGUGCAGCUGCCCCCUUGGUGCUGUGUGGUAACCUCAUUGCCUGUGACCCUAGGAUCAUAGGAUCUGGGCUAAAUAGGUAGUUCAUAGAAACCAAAGACAAUAAUUUGGUGUUUAGAAAACUACUUUUGGUCUGGGUGAAGUCUGGUGCUUGAGAGUUAGUGCAGAGAGAACGGUCAAACCGUCUCUCAGCCUGUGGAUCUAUGGGGAUUCCAAGGGCUUCAGUGUUUGGAAACGGCAAUCCAAACGGGCAAUCUUGUGCAAUCUUGGAAGGAGAACUGUUCAGGAAGUGUGAUGGGAUGAGCUGUGGCUGUCUCUGAAAAGGGCCUACCAUAUAACUUAUUACUUUCAAGGAUACCUUUGGCUCUUACUAAAAUAGUUUAUAAAGCAUUUUAUAGAAACACACCAGGGAAUGCGUGGUGAACUACAUGUAUGAUCAGUGAACUGUGACUAGAAUUAACCUUAAAAUCUCUUGUAUGUGGGGCCAGAGCAACACAGGUGGGAAACGCAGCGGACCUCUGCCUCCUCGGCCUCAACAUGAACUUGGCUUGCUUUCUCCACCGUCUCCAAAUCUUUGUAUAGUCAUCGACCAUUACCACCUCUCCUUUCCCAUCUACUACAGCAGCCUUAAUGGGGAUAAGUACCCCCUUUUCUCAGGUGUCCGAAUAAGCUGUGGGUGUGGCCUGUGUUUCCUGUAAUUCUGAGGUUAGAUUGGAACAUAAGCAAGCAGACAAACAAGCAGACAAACAAACAAGGUUCUACUCAUAUUCCUAAGCAGUGACAGUGAAGGCAUGUGUCUCCCAUGCCUGAGUCUCCUAGGGUCCUAGUGAGCUCUGGGUUCAUGCAAGCACUUCCGGAGGAAUUGCACCCUCCAUGGAACACAUAAUCUCCACUGGGUUGAUCCUGAUUGGAUAAGAAAGGAUCUCGGGGAGAGAAUGUGGUUCCAGAGGCAAAGUGUCUAGGCUACACAGAAAAGGUAAGACUGUCCCCAAGGGAAGAAAACAAACUGGGAGCUGGGGUCCAGCUCAAUUGUUAAGAGUGCUUCUCUAGUAUGCGUGAAGCCCAGAGUCCAAUCUCAGUACCAGAUACACGGUACAGGCAGUGACAUAUGCCUGUAAUCCCAACCCUCAAGCAGUAGAGGCAAGAGGAUCAGAAGUUCAUGGUCAUCCUUGACUACUUAUACUUAGGGAGUUGGAGGUCAGCC